AUGCCAAAUACGUCCCAAACACAGCUGAAUCAGGCAAACCCUCAUGUUGGCUACUGCCUUGCGGCUGCGAAUGCGAACUACGAACUCAGCCUCUGCGACUGCGAUGGCCGGUGCAUGCGUUGCGACUGUGCCAGAUUCUCUCAAUCACCAGGCAGAAUCCUUGCUGCCAAACUGCUACCCAAAUCUCUUGUUACUCCCAGAUUCCUUGUGCCCGAACCCCCAGGGAUGAGGCUCGAGCACGAAGGAGACAAAGGAUUGGAUGCUCUCCACCCGGUUGUGAUGGUGCCCGGCAUUGUCACCGGAGGACUUGAGCUCUGGGAGGGCAGACCAUGUUCCGAGGGCCCUUUUUGCAGGCAGCUUUGGGGAGGUAGCUUUACUGAAAUUUUGAGGAGGCCUAUGUGUUGGUUGGAGCAUCUAUCUUUGGACGAUGAGAUGACAAUGAGACGGGGCUCGAUCCACCAGGCAUUAGGGUUCAUGCUGUUCCAGGACUAUUUUGCUCCGGGAUAUUUUGUUUGGGCUAUUCUUAUCGAAAAUUUAGCCCGCAUGGGCUACGAGGGCAAGAACAUGUACAUGGCUGCAUAUGAUUGGAGGCUAUUUUUUCAGAGAGCAAUGGCUCCCGGAGGAGAGACGAUAUGGGGUAACUUGGAUUGGUCUCCGGAAGAACAUCAUGUUUGUGACUCAGCAAAGAAAAAGUUUCAGCAAGAUUUUGACAACAAUGGCAAUAACAGUGACAAUCAGAGGCUUUUCCAAGUACAAGAGCCAUCUAAAUAUGGAAGGAUUAUCUCAUUCGGGAAAAUAGUAUCGGAUUUGCCUUCUUCUGUACUCCCGACUCUUGCUUCCAAGCUGAAAUGGAGAUGGCCCAAUACUGGGCCUAAACUAGCCCAGCUUUGUUAUCGGUCUGGGCCUAAUGGCCCGGUCCCGGCUAAACCCAUUUUGUAUCUAAAGCUUUCAAUUCAAGAAUCAAGAAUGGUAUGUGACAAACCAUGGUUUGAUCGCCUACUGGAUCAGACUGGCGAUUAUUUUCGCUUUGUAAUCGUUGGCGGGUCGACUUUCUACAUGUUGAAAGGCAUGUACAACUCCCCUAAAGGUGAGCCCUUCAUCCAGGGCUUACAACCUGUACGCGUGAACGCCCCCCGUUGUACCAGCAACUGUGGCAUCUUCGGUGGUCUUUCGUCUGUCUUGGAAAGUUCUAUGAUACAUGUAAGGCAGAAGGAUGAUCCAUGGACUUCCAUCCUCUCUGAUGCCGGUGCUGCCGGAUUUCUCAAGAUGCGCUGA